ACAUCUCUAACUAGGGGAGGGAUUACAGGGGAACUAUUGUUCCUCCUUCAGAGGGCGGCUGAAGAAUUCACUGAACCGAGAUCUCUUCACUCCACAGAUACAGACUCAGACUCUCAUCAUUCCUCAUCUAAACAUGGAGACAGGAAAAAACAGGAGAGGCUAUGAAGAAAGUUUUUUUAAAAGUCGGCACUUAAGGCUGAAUGAUUUAAAAGAGAAAGCUCGAGGUUUGGGAAACCAAUAUCUCUUCAAAGACAACAUCCCAGAAUACCCUCACCCAGAGUUUGUCGUAUCUCAUGUGAGACACGACACAGACGGAAAGGGAUUGGGUGGCAUCAGUGAGGAUAACGGCUUCAAGGCCCCCUUCCAGGACCCGUCCUCUGGGUUGGGUCUGCUGUGGUGGAGUCUGUCUGUGGGACCUGAUGAGAUAAAGUCAGCUGAGAGGAGACUCCUGGAGAAAACCUACCCAAAACAUGUGGAGCAGCAGGAGAAACCCCUCCCAGACCAGAUGGAGGAGCAGCAGGAGAAACCCCUCCCAGACCAGAUGGAGGAGGGGGAGAAACCCCUCCCAGACCAGAAGCAGCAGGGAUUCCUGGAGAAGUUCACCACCUCUGCAGCCUUCCUGAAGAGCUCCAGGCUGGGCUCAUACCGCUUCACCUUCCCCCUGAAGGACCUGCUGGAGGUCUACAGAGAACAGUUUUGCUCCGGCUCUCCGCCCGUCAUGCGGGUGUUUAAGACCAUCCUGUACAAAAAGACAGUGAAUUACGUUGUGCUGGUCCACAGUCCAGAUCAGGAGCAGUUCUCUGACUAUCCUCUGCUGACUGACAACCCAGACGCUGUCUGCACUUACAGAGACGGCUGCUUCAUCUGGAGGCCUGAGGCCAUGAGUGAGACACACGGAUAUGAGUUGAUCGAGGGACCUGAUCAGAUGGAAGUGAAGGAGCUGUUUGGUUACGAUGUGCAGUUCUAUGUUUGGGAUUAUAUCUCUAUCGCCCUGCAUGUGGAGGAUAAACAGGUGCUGAACUUUGAUACCGGCCGACUGAGAGACAACCUCAAGUUCUGCAGUGAAGGAUAUCCUGCACUACCUGGUGUCAUAUUUGAAGACUUCCAAACAGCUGAAAAGCUUGUUAAUAAAUUGUGGCCUGACCAUCCCUCCCCACUGGAGAAAGAUGAAUAGCUAAAUUAAGUGUCAACAGUGUCACCAUCUGAUAGUUUUUCACUAUUAAAGUGUCUUCCCUGAAUCUU